CGCUUUAGAUUCUUCUGUAAUUUUGCGGGGAUUCAGCUUUGCUCGGCGAUUCACGGCCCAGGCAGAGAGAAUCGGGAUAGCUGGCCGAACCACCUCUGUCAGUCUGAGUCUCUUUAAAGAAGGGAUGUGGGCUGGGGCGAGGGGACAGAGUCCUGGUGGAGCGCGGAAAAUGCGUCUCUAAAGAGUAAUUGGCUUAUUGUGCCGAUAUCCCAGAAAGUUCUUAAAAUUGUUAAAUCCACUUUGUCCUCUAAAAUGGACUUCGCUUUGAGAAUUUCUCAGGGAGUUGAUAGGCUCACCCCAAAUAUGCUUUUUGGGACUGAUUUAGCACCCGCAUAUUCUGCGUGAAUCUCUUUAUUGAUUGCAGUUGAGCUAAUGGUGGAGCCAAAAUGCUAUUGCCCUGUCUUCAUCAACAUUUAAUCAACAGGUUGUUGCUGUCACUCAGACUGCAAUCUUGAUUUCCUGGGCUGCAGCCAUCCUCCUACCGUAGCCUCCUGAGUAGAGUGUUGCAGAGAUAGGAACAUGGGGGAGAAACAAUCUGGAUAACAUGAAAGUGAUGCUGCUGGCUAAGGGAGGACAACUUGAUUCUGUGGGAAGGGCUGUAGCUGAUCCAUCCAUUGUCUAGAUUUGAGUAUGAGCACAGUGGAAGAGGAUUCUGACACAGUAACAGUAGAAACUGUGAACUCUGUGACUUUGACUCAGGACACAGAAGGGAACCUCAUUCUUCACUGCCCUCAGAAUGAAGCGGAUGAAAUAGACUCAGAAGAUAGUAUUGAACCUCCACAUAAAAGACUUUGUUUGUCCUCUGAGGAUGAUCAGAGUAUUGAUGAUUCUACUCCUUGCAUAUCAGUUGUUGCACUUCCACUUUCAGAAAAUGAUCAGAGCUUUGAGGUGACCAUGACUGCGACCACAGAGGUGGCAGAUGAUGAGGUUACUGAGGGGACUGUGACGCAGAUCCAGAUUUUGCAGAAUGAGCAACUAGAUGAAAUAUCUCCUCUGGGUAAUGAGGAAGUUUCAGCAGUUAGCCAAGCAUGGUUUACAACUAAAGAAGAUAAGGAUUCUCUGACUAAUAAAGGACAUAAAUGGAAGCAGGGGAUGUGGUCCAAAGAAGAAAUUGAUAUUUUGAUGAGCAAUAUUGAACGCUAUCUGAAGGCACGCGGAAUAAAAGAUGCUACAGAAAUCAUCUUUGAGAUGUCAAAAGACGAAAGAAAAGAUUUCUACAGGACUAUAGCAUGGGGUCUGAACCGGCCUUUGUUUGCAGUUUAUAGAAGAGUGCUUCGCAUGUAUGAUGACAGAAACCAUGUGGGAAAAUAUACACCUGAAGAAAUUGAGAAGCUCAAGGAGCUCCGGAUAAAGCAUGGCAAUGACUGGGCAACAAUAGGGGCGGCGCUAGGAAGAAGUGCAUCUUCUGUCAAAGAUCGGUGCCGACUGAUGAAGGAUACUUGCAACACAGGGAAGUGGACAGAAGAAGAAGAAAAGAGACUCGCAGAAGUGGUUCAUGAAUUAACAAGCACUGAGCCAGGUGACAUAGUCACACAGGGUGUGUCUUGGGCAGCUGUGGCUGAACGAGUGGGUACCCGCUCAGAAAAGCAGUGUCGUUCUAAAUGGCUCAAUUACCUGAAUUGGAAACAGAGUGGGGGUACUGAAUGGACCAAGGAAGAUGAAAUCAAUCUCAUCCUCAGGAUAGCAGAACUUGAUGUAGCUGAUGAAAAUGACAUUAACUGGGAUCUGUUAGCUGAAGGAUGGAGUAGUGUCCGUUCACCACAAUGGCUACGAAGUAAAUGGUGGACUAUCAAAAGGCAAAUUGCAAACCAUAAGGAUGUUUCGUUCCCUGUCUUAAUAAAAGGUCUUAAACAGUUACAUGAGAACCAAAAAAACAACCCAACGCUUUUGGAGAAUAAAUCAGGAUCUGGAGUUCCAAACAGUAAUACCAAUUCCAGUGUGCAGCAUGUUCAGAUAAGAGUAGCCCGCUUGGAAGAUAAUACAGCCAUCUCUGCCAGUCCCAUGGCAGCAUUGCAGAUUCCAGUCCAGAUCACCCAUGUCUCUUCAACAGACUCUCCUGCUGCUACUGUUGACUCAGAAACAAUAACACUAAACAGUGGAACACUACAGACAUUUGAGAUUCUUCCAUCUUUUCAUCUACAGCCCACCGGCACUCCAGGCACCUACCUACUUCAAACAAACUCAAGCCAAGGCCUUCCCCUAACUCUGACCGCUAGUCCCACAGUAACCCUGACAGCUGCUGCUCCUGCUUCUCCCGAACAGAUCAUUGUUCAUGCUUUAUCCCCAGAACAUUUGUUGAACACAAGUGAUAAUGUUACAGUGCAGUGUCACACACCAAGAGUCAUCAUUCAAACUGUUGCCACAGAGGACAUCACUUCUUCCAUAUCCCAAGCAGAACUGACGGUAGAUAGUGAUAUUCAGUCAUCUGAUUUUCCUGAGCCUCCAGAUGCCCUAGAAGCAGACACUUUCCCAGAUGAAAUUCAUCACCCUAAGAUGACUGUGGAGCCAUCAUUUAAUGAUGCUCAUGUAUCCAAAUUCAGUGACCAAAAUAGCACAGAACUGAUGAAUAGUGUUAUGGUCAGAACAGAAGAAAUCUCUGAUACCGACCUUAAACAAGAGGAGGAAUCACCCUCUGAUUUAGCCAGCACUUAUGUUACUGAGGGUUUAGAGUCUCCCACUAUAGAAGAGCAAGUUGAUCAAACAAUUGAUGAUGAAACAAUACUUAUCGUUCCUUCACCACAUGGCUUUAUCCAGGCAUCUGAUGUUAUAGAUACUGAAUCUGUCUUGCCUUUGACAACACUAACAGAUCCCAUACUCCAACAUCAUCAGGAAGAAUCAAAUAUCAUUGGCUCAUCAUUGGGCAGUCCUGUUUCCGAAGAUUCAAAGGAUGUCGAAGAUUUGGUAAACUGUCAUUAGAAUAAUUCCUAAAAAUAAGCAGUUCAAGCAAGCCACACUGUUAAUUACAUCUUCAAAGAAAUAGGAGCAACCCCCAAGAGACUUAAUUUACCAAUUUAAAUAGCUACAGUGCUUAAGCCACACACAUUGUUGCUGCUAUGACUUUUUACCUCCUUUAAACACAUCAUCUGAUGUUGAGUUUUAUGACAGUGUGUAGUUGAGUGGAGGCUGGUGGUUUUAAGCGUAAAUCCCUAUGUUUAGUAUUUACAUGGCAGUAGGGAAUUUCAUUCACUUCAGCCACUGAGAAAAGUUUAAAAUCACAAAAGCUUAACUGCUGUGGUUUUAAAAAGUACAGUUUCACUAAAGAUCAGACAUGACUCUCUCUCUCAAGUAAGCCUGGUUCUAGUUCAUUUCAACAUGGUCUAGAGCUUACCCAUGAUCUUCUGUUCUUCAAGAAGACUAAGUUUGAGACUUGACCAGUAUACUUACGAGGUGGUCACAUUUGAUUAACCCAUUGUUGGCAGUGGGGGCUGAUUUAGGCAGGGUAAAGAGGAAAGCAUUAAAAAGAGUUAAAAUUCACUACAGGGCUUUUUGUUACUUUUAAAGGGAAUAUGAUAAGCAUUGUAACAAAACCCACCAGAAGCUAAGCAGUUUUCACCCCCUCAGAAACCACUGUCAUUAGUUUACAAAGUUAACACUUUUAAGUAAAACUAAAUGGGGAAGGAAGUAAUGUUGUCUAUCCUGAUACCAUGACCAUUUAUUACAUUUUGCUAUAUAAAUUACCCAGAAAAUAGUUUGUCAUUCAUUUAGUGUGUUAGCUGGCGGGGUACAAUAUAAAUUCUCAUCUCAGGCAGUUUGAAAAAACAAAACAAUAUUUGCUUCUAUAACAAAAGUAAACAAAUCUAAGUCAUUCCUAUACUGCAGAAGGGUUAAAGGCAAAGAUAGCCUCUUGGGUUUUUAAUGAAUAUGACCCCUAUAGAAAAGUCAAGAAAAAAAAAAAACUUGUAUAAAUUAUUUUAUUUAUUAUUGUAAUUAGAUCUUCACAAAGUUGUCUUUUGACUGUCUGUUUUGUUAACGUGAAAUUAAAUUGUAGUUAUAAAGCAAAAGUUGGUUGCCUAGGGAACAAUUGUAUAUUCAGUUUAACAAAAUAAAAGAAUAUUUGUCUUAAAA